GCGGCAUAUCGCUCUAGAAUAUUCACUAUUUUGAAUGUGGAGGAACCGUUGAGUUGAGGAGGGCGUCAACACACGAAUAAGGUGUAGCCUUCAGUAGAGCUGUUUGAAGUGACCCAGACCUAUCACAGUGUGCAGCACUUAAGUGUGUGGAGUCAUCUGAAGGAGUGACCAAUGAGUUCCUUCGCUUACUGGGUGACCUUCUGUUCACUGCCUAUCUGGUGGAUCGUCCUGCUGCACAUCUCUGGACAGUGGGUCAAUGCCGGAGAGAUGCUAGGCCCGUGUGAUGGCAGAGACUGCUCAGUGUGCAGCUGUCUCCCCGCCAAGGGAGCCCGGGGGGCCCCAGGGAGGCUGGGGUGGCAGGGGCCACAGGGCCCAGAUGGCAUCAGUGGCUCCGCAGGGCCUCACGGAGAGAAGGGCAGGAGGGGCGACGAGGGACCACAUGGGCUGGAGGGACGGAAAGGGGAUAGGGGUCAGACUGGUCACCCAGGAUUUCCUGGUAUCAAUGGUGUCAAUGGUCACGUUGGUGCUGGGGGACCUCCUGGUCUGCCGGGGCUGGACGGCUGUAACGGAACCAAGGGACAGAAGGGGACUCCCGGUGUUCUUGGCAUUUUCGGAUUGCCUGGACCCAGGGGAUAUCUCGGUGCCAAAGGAACAAAAGGGGAGCCUGUCUACGUUGUAUCUGCACCUGGCCUUCCUGGCGACCCUGGGCCUCCUGGAAGAUCUGGACCAAAGGGUCACAUAGGCCGUCCUGGACCUGAAGGAUAUAACGGUCCAGACGGUCCACCCGGGGCUAGAGGAGAACCAGGUGACACUGGCAGAUCACUGCCGGGCUUUAAAGGUGAUGAGGGGGACCAGGGUCAACCGGGGCCUCCGGGGCCUGAGGAGAUCGUCGAGCCUCCUGACUUUGUCUACCUCAAAGGGGUCAAGGGGGAUAAAGGUAUUCCUGGACCAUGUGGACCCAGAGGCAUAACUGGAGAAGGAUCCUAUGAAGGACUGAAAGGGGAAAAGGGAAUCCGAGGCUUUCCUGGCCCUCGGGGUUCCUUUGGAUUUACCGGCCAACCUGGAACGCCAGGACCACAGGGCUAUCCUGGAGACCAAGGAUUUCCUGGUCUGAUCGGCAAGGCAGGAUCAAAGGGCUACCCAGGAGACAAAGGCUUCAGAGGACCGCCGCGCCAAAUAUACCACAAUUACACUGUAGCAGGUUACCCUGGUGAUCCCGGACCCCCAGGUCCAAGGGGGGCACCAGGAGACAUUGGAGAGAUGGGCAUGCAUGGACCCCCGGGACCACCAGGGGUAUUCAUCUCCCCAGGUCUAGAUUACCCAGAUCUCCCUGGUCCUAAGGGCUUUAAGGGGGAGCCAGGCAGCUACUACACUCUACAACUAAUAGCAGGACUACCAGGGGAAAGAGGGCGUCCCGGAGCCAAGGGAUUCAGAGGCCCCCCAGGCCGUCCAGGAUUUGGAGGUAUUUCUUGUGUUCCUGGUGAGCCGGGUGUGCGAGGAGACGGCGGCGAUACCGGAUAUCCUGGAUUAGAAGGAUACAAAGGAGAAAAAGGCUACAACGGUGAGUGUGAGUGUGUGCACGAGAAUGGUCACAGUGGGAUCCCAGAUCCUCCGGGCCCCCGUGGACCCCCGGGGUACGACGGGCUGCCGGGGCACAGCGGAGAGAAAGGAGACCAUGGAUAUAAUGGGGACCCUGGCCCACAAGGAUCACACGGAAACCCAGGCAGGCCUGGUUACAGUGGAGCGAAGGGACAGAAGGGCGUGACCUACUAUAACGGUGCGAAGGGUGACCCUGGCUUCAAUGGCCCCAACGGGCCCUUGGGGGCCACCGGUCAGCCAGGACCCGAUGGCUUCCCUGGCGCUGUGGGAGACCCUGGACCCCCGGGUGACGGUUACAGUGGAUCGGUAGGUGACAAAGGCUACCCAGGGCUCCAUGGUCCUGAAGGCCCCCCAGGCAGACCGGGCCCCCCAGGCCCUGGUGCUCCAGGUCGUCAUGGCCACCAAGGGCCCCCAGGAGACGCGGGCCUCCCAGGUCCCCCUGGACAAACUGGACAACCUGGACCUCCAGGCGAUGUUCUGCCCUGUGUCCCUUCCAACCCUGGCCUACCUGGCUUCAAGGGUCUACCUGGGCCCCCAGGGAAUCCCGGGCCAUCAGGACCACCUGGUUUUCCAGGUACCGCAGGUUCCCUUGGACCUAAAGGCAUGAGAGGAGAUGACGGGACAGAUGGAGGAAUUGGACCCCCAGGACACCAAGGAGAUGUUGGAGAUGAUGGUGACCCUGGUCGACCUGGACUCUACCUGGAUGGACCACCAGGCUCCCGUGGACCAUCAGGCCCUCCAGGCUGGCCGGGACCUCCGGGAGAUGCCCUCAACACCCGACCUGGUCCCAUGGGUCUACCUGGACUACCUGGGUUACUGGGACCUAAGGGAGAUCCUGGCUUGCCAGGCAUUCCUGGGCCUCCAGGGGGACCAGGCCCGUACGGAGAUGUGGGUUACAAAGGACCACAAGGAGACACUGGGGACCCAGGACCAAGCGGUCCCCCAGGUCCGUCCGCAAUAGAAUGUAGACAGAAAGGAGAAAGUGGCCCACCGGGAGCCUCAGGACCACCAGGAGUCAGGGGCCUAUCGGGUUUCCAUGGUGAUAAAGGACAUAAGGGUGCGAUGGGUCCUCCUGGACGUGGAGUGAAGGGACCAGCAGGGAACCCCGGGGCUCUAGGCCCCCCAGGCCCCCUUGGUGCCAAGGGUUUAAGUGGGUCACCAGGUGACCCGGGCUUCCCUGGUUUACCAGGGACCAAAGGGCCCAGCGGAUAUCCUGGUAGAGACGGAUUGGCUGUUCCUGGUCGGCCUGGAAACCCAGGACCCCGCGGUAGGCAAGGGGAGAGGGGUUUUACAGGAGGUGAUGGUCGGCAUGGAGACCUGGGUUACAAAGGAGCCAAAGGUCAUAGAGGUCCCCCCGGAGAGCCUGGUCCAGCAGGACCAAAAACCAUUAAAGGACAGAAGGGCUCUCGAGGACCACCAGGAGAGGGUGGCUUCAUUGGAGCCAGAGGUUCCAAGGGCCCAAUUGGGCCACCAGGUAAACCAGGGGGGAAUGGAUGGGAUGGUCCCCCUGGUUAUGAGAAAGGGCUCCCAGGACAACCUGGCAGACCUGGUCCCCCCGGACUCCCUGGACCCCGAGGACCUAAAGGCUUGAGAGGUGUAGUGGGUUUCCCUGGACCAGUCGGUGAUAAGGGGGACCCUGGGUACACGGGAUCUCCUGGGAUCCCAGGCCUUCCAGGAUUGACAGGCUUAAAGGGUGACCCAGGAGACUCCAUAGGAGAACCAGGACCACCUGGACCACCGGGACCUCCGGGAGAAAGCGGACCCUUAGCUUCAAAGGGGGACCCAGGAGAGCCAGGGGACCAAGGACCCAGAGGACCACCAGGACCACUUGGAGACCCUGGUGUCCGAGGAGCCCAAGGCCCACUGGGAGGCCCAGGUUUCCCUGGUCCUUCAGGUCCGCCGGGUCGUCCAGGUUCCCCAGGGCCUCCUGGAGGAUUUCUCGGAACUCAAGGCCCCAAGGGCAAUCCUGGACCGCCCGGUCCCCCAGGGUCCCCGGGACCCCCAGGUCUACAUGGUCUGAACGGGCUACAAGGUCAGAAAGGAGAGAAGGGAGCAAGAGGACCAGAUGUGUCGGGCCCACCAGGGCCAACUGGGUACCCCGGAGUCAAAGGCCACACAGGACCCCAGGGACCCCCGGGAUCUUCUUACCCCGGACCAAAAGGCCUAAUGGGCCCUCAAGGCAACCUUGGACUCCCAGGACUCCCUGGUGAGCCCGGUGGUUCAGGUGAAGAGUGCACAGAAUGUCACAGAGGACCCAACGGAGACCCAGGAUACGAAGGCAUUCAUGGACCUCCAGGACCACCCGGUGAACCGGGUCCUGCUGGUACUGCAGUGCCCUCCCCAGGAGACCAAGGCCCCCAAGGGCCACCAGGGCCCGAUGGCCAUAAAGGACAGAGAGGCCCCCCAGGACCCCUAGGGCCAACAGACUACUCAGGACCACAAGGACCCAAAGGUGCCAGAGGCCCUGUGGGUCACAUGGGCCCCAACGGACCACAAGGUCGUCCAGGCGCCUACGGCCUUCUGGGGCCCAAAGGUGACAAAGGCAGACCUGGGGACGCAGGUCCCAAAGGCCACCCCGGUCGGGUUUUGGAUGGUACCGUUACCACUCAGGAACCCCAAUGUGGGAUCCAAGGCCCCUCAGGAUCAUCAGGUCCGAAUGGGCCCACGGGAAAUGCUGGGCCCAGUGGGAACCCUGGGCCUCGUGGUCCUAAGGGCCCUGCUGGGUCACGAGGGCCCCCAGGGAGAAACGGACCUCCAGGUCCACCUGGACCUUUAGGAGACCCAGGCGAUCAAGGACAGCAAGGUUUUGUGGGACAUCAGGGUCCUCCGGGUUCUCAGGGUGACCGUGGCUACCCCGGCUCCACUGGCUCUGUGAGUUCAGGCUUCCUGCUGGUGAUCCACAGCCAGUCGGUGGAGGUCCCUGUGUGUCCCGAGGGCAGCAGCCCCCUGUGGACCGGCUACAGCCUGCUCUACCUGGAGGGACAGGAGAGAGCACACACACAGGACCUGGGUCAGGCCGGCUCCUGUCUGCGUGUCUUCAGCACCAUGCCCUUCUCCUACUGCAACACAGGUACCUGUGACUAUGCCAGCCGCAACGACAAGUCCUACUGGCUCUCCACCACCGCCGCCGUGCCCAUGAUGCCCGUGUCGGGCCGCGACAUCCGCGCCCAUAUCAGCCGCUGUGCCGUGUGUGAGACGCCCUCGCCGGCCGUGGCGGUGCACAGCCAGGAUUACAUCGCCCCCACCUGCCCCCCUGGAUGGAGGAGUCUGUGGGCUGGUUACUCCUUCCUCAUGCACUCUGGAGCGGGCGACGAGGGUGGCGGCCAGUCUCUGAGCUCAUCCGGCAGCUGCCUGCGAGACUUCCGUGCCCAGCCCUUCGUGGAGUGCCAGGGUCCGCGGGGCACAUGCCACUACUUCGCCAACGUCUACAGCUUCUGGCUGACCCAUGUUUCCCUGGCCGAGCAGUUUGGCCCCGUCCCCGUCCCUAGCGUGUUGAAGGCCGCCGAUCAACAGCGACAGCAGGCCAGCCGCUGCCACGUGUGCACCAAGGGCUGAACACCUUAUGAACACCACAUAUUUAUUUUCUUAGAUUGUUUUGUUUGUUGGUAUUUUGUAUGUUUAUUGGAUUGAAAGAGAUAGAGGUGAAAGAGAAGAGUGAGUGUGCUGAAAGAGCAGUAGAACAGAUUUGAAUCCAUGCUGGCAGCGGUACAUCAUACAUGUGCUCCAGAUCGCUAGACCAACCCAGGCCACGUCACCUCCUAUGUCAUCCAUAAGUCAAGUUGCCUCCCUAAUAUGAUUGCCAAACUACCCCGACCCCGCUACAUCACUGUCCCAAUGCUAUGCUAGCCCUGUCAGCACCCAGUCCCACCUGGUAGUCGGUUGUUCUCUGUUGAACCUUAUACAUUUGUCAACUUGUCAGGGAUACAUACAAUCAUCAUCUACUACCGUCUACCAUUUUGACCAUGGUGGCUAGUUUUUAAAAAACAUAGUGUGGAUUGCAGUCUAUACUAGUCCAUAUACCACAUUCAAGGUAAGGAAACAUCAAUCAAGUAUGGAGGAUGAUGUAAUUUCACUGAACUAUCCCUUUAACUUACUUCGUGAUGGCUGGCAUUGGCCAGGUCAUAGACGGGUUGGUUGUUUAGCAACAAAACCGACGCGUGCGCAACUAUGGGGUAAAACAGACGGGGUUGGCUUAGAUUGUUGACAACAUGUAAACUAUAUUUCGUCUCCAAUGUUUAUUGAAAACAUAAAAAAAUGUGCUCAAUGGGCACUUAA